AAUCGGGUGUCGAGGUUUUGAUGUACUGCUUUGCUUGUGUUUCGUGUAAACGAUUCUCCCGCCAAGAGUUUGCAGCGUAAAAGAAGGCGCCGUAUUCCCAGGUUGAAGUCGCGAUAAUUGUCCAUUGGAAAUGAUAACUCUUUGUCAUGUCCCGUCUUUAGUAUUCACGUAAAAGAAGAAACAGAGGAAACUGAAAUCUUCGGGUAAUUUUCCAGGGUUCCUGCAAAGACUAAUAGAGAAUGUUCACUGAUGAUGAGUUUUUAAAAGCUGCCAAUGAGAUCAAUAACAUAACAGUUGAUGACUUUGAGUUCUUCACUGAGUCUGCUGGUGAUAAAGUUACUUGCAAGAUAUACCGAAGAUAUAAAGAGGAAUCAGGAUUGUAUGAUUAUAAGAUCCUUGGGGAUCUAGUAGAUGUCCCCACCGACACCUGUAAAGCUGUCUAUAUGGACCUAGAUUACAGAAAGAAAUGGGAUUCAUAUGUUAAAGCCCUUGAAGAAUUUGAGGAAUCUGGGGUGAAAGGGAUAUACUGGAAUGUGAAUUACCCUUUUCCGAUGUCUAACAGGGAUUACACUUAUAUCAGAGAGUUACGAGAAUUUGAUAUCAAUGGCAUUCCCACGACCGUGGUUAUAGCCAGGUCACACCCUGUAGCAAGCAUUCCUGCAAAGUCUGGAGUGGUGCGAGUGGCAGACUAUAACCAGACUCUGACUUUUCAAAGUGAUGGCAAGCAAGGCACAAAAGCUUUCAUGUAUUACUUCGAUAACCCUGGGGGUAUGAUCCCUACGUGGCUUAUCAACUGGGCUGCUAAGACUGGUGUGCCUUCGUUCAUGACGUCAAUGAGAAAAGCCUGCCUGGGAUACGAAGACUACAAGAAGAAAUUGAAGAAUUGAAUAUUACGAGAUAUUUAUAUGCAAUGUUCACCUCAGGGUUAAAGUGGUCGAUUAGCCAUCUCUUUUACCCAAAUGAAAAUAUGUAUUGUCAAACAUUUUUGGACACAGAAACUGUCUAUUUUCCAAUAUUUAUUUUUUUACGCUUACCAUACUAUACCAACAUGUACUUUGUCUUGUGGUCAGUCCACAGGAGGCCCAGGCUAAUGGCUUUUCAAGGACUGAUAAUAAAACCGUAUUACAGCCAAAUUCGUUGCUGCGCGACCUCGGCGAAUCCAAAAUCCUUGUCUCGUUUGGGAAUAGCGCGUAGUCAGACACAAACUUUGGGGGCGGUUUGUCUGGUUUUGAUUGUUUGGUUUGAUUGACUAUGCGCUAUUCCCAAACAAAGAAAGGAAUUUGCGAUUCUGGGACCACGCGCAACAACGGAUUUGGCUAUAAAUCUUUAGAUAUUGUCUUCUUGUAGUAGUUUAUGGAAUUUUUGUUACGUGAUUUUGGGUCUUCUAAAAAAAAUUAAUACUCUCUCCUAAUAGGGAGGCUUUUUAGGGGUCAAAAUCGUGCCUCAGAUAUUUUGGGGGUAUCUGAGAGAAAAUACAAUGGGGUAACUUAAAAUUGCGUUUUGGUGUUUUAGGGGUAAUUUUUGCUUGUGGUGUAUUUGGGGAGCAAUUUUUGAUGUUCAGUCAUUUUUAGGGGUAUUAUUUUAAUUUCCCGACGAGCAUCCCGGGGGCUUGAUAAUUUAACGCAGGCAAUUGAAGCGUGAUUGAGCUUUUUUCCAAACAGUGCCAAAGUUUUUACGUAAAAAUGGAUUGCAAGAACGACAGGAUAAAAAAAAAAAUGUCACGCAUGCGCACUAGAGACAAAUUCAAUACAAAGAAACAAAAUGGCGGCCCGAAGCGUAUAAACGCAUGGGGAUCUUUGAAGGCUUCUCACACUUAUAUUAUUGAUGUGAUUUCCCUCAGCUUCGAAACCUCAAGUCUAUAGAUAACAUCAAAUAGUAAGGUCAGCUUCGAUUGUACCUGUGUUAUCUUCAAUAGUGAAUAAAUCUGCUUAUAUCUA